ACCCUCCUAGAUUGUUCUCUGUUUCUCCAUGAAAAUCACAAGAAAGAAGAAUCCAGAGAGACAGACAUAAACCCUGAACUGAACCCAUCAAAUCCCAUCCUAUAUAAAUCCACCCUUGCCGUCCGCAUUCCCCAUCAGAAAGAAUUACAAACAAAACCACCCAUUUCCCAUCAAACCAGUCUAGUCUCACCGAAACCAUCACCAUGCCUAGGAGGAUAGUGAUGAGCUUCUUAGGCCUCCUCCUCAUGCUCAUGGCCACCACUACCAAAACCCAUGCCUUAAUUCCAUACCCAACAAGACCAUCAUCACUAAGUCUAUGGGACAUGACCGAUGACCCCUUCAGAAUUCUCGAACAAACCCCCUUCACCAUCCCCAGAGCCGCCUCCGCCCUCCAAGACACGCUCGCUUUAGCACGUGCCGACUGGAAGGAGACGGCCACUGCGCACGUGAUCACAUUGGACAUUCCGGGGAUGAAGAAGGAGGACGUGAAGAUAGAGGUGGAGGAGAACAGGGUGCUCAGGAUCAGCGGAGAAAGGAAGGCGGAGGAACAAGGGGAGGGUGACAAGUGGCACAGAACUGAGAGGACAAAUGGCAAGUUCUGGAGGCAGUUCAGGCUGCCUGGGAAUGCUGACCUGGAUCAGAUCAAGGCUCAUCUUGACGACGGGGUGCUCAAAAUUACGGUGCCAAAGUUUGCUGCGGAGAAGAAAAGGCAGCCUAAGCUCAUCGACAUUGCUCACCACACUACUUCCUCUGAUGAUGUGGAUAUCAAGGCUGCCAAGGUUGCAUGAUUUCCAAGUUACCUAUAUAUCAAUAUGUAUAAUAAGUAUCUUUGUGUUGAUGACUUUGGAUAGAACGGAAUCAAAUUAAGUUUUUGUAAUGCAUGAUCUGAGAUCUAAUAAAAUUAUAUAUUUUCUUAA